AGAAAGCUUCCCAACAUGACACGUAGCUGCAGAGCCUCUUUCAUUGGGUGAAAAUUAUGAAAGAUUGCCAUGUGAUUGCUAGCACCACUCCUUUUACUGAGAAUAUUUCUCUUUUAAGAAGAUGUAAGAUCUUUUAAUCAGGAUUUACCUCCCUUUCCUUUUACUCAUUGCUCUUCUGUGGCUUCUGCAUAAAUAGCACUUGGGUUUUGCAUCAAGUUUUUUCUGUUUUUCCUUUCCACUAACAAAACUGAAAGUUGUGAGCAACAGCAAGCAGAAGAAGGAAAUACUGAACACACCAGAAGGCACACAAGCUGAGAAACCUCACGACAUACCAGAGAUGGAAAUCAGUCUCAGCAGUCGGUAGCUCCCAGCACUGAGGCAACUGACUCGUGGCCCUCGAGCUGCCCUCUCAAGCCCUUCUUGUAGACAAGAGCUGCACUGGUGACGUGCCAGUCCCCUGGCACAGCGCCUGAUUGUAAUGAAAGACGGAGAGCUUGGUUCUUGACUAUGAAUAUUUCUGAGAUGGCGCCAGACGACAACUUCACCAACAGCUCCUUCAACUGUACGAUUGACAGCUUCAAGCAAGCCAUUUAUCCCAUCAUGUAUCUCUUUAUCUUCUUCCUGGGUGUUGUUGGAAAUGGCCUCUCCAUUUAUGUUUUCUUCCAGCCUUCACAGAGGAAGACCUCAGUAAACAUUUACAUGCAGAACUUGGCUGUUUCGGAUCUCAUGUUUGUGAGUACUUUGCCCUUUCGGGCCACAUAUUUCCUGUUGGGAUCACAUUGGAUAUUUGGUGAUAUCAUCUGCAGGAUCAUGACUUACACCUUGUACGUGAACAUGUACUGCAGCAUUUAUUUUCUCACUGUGCUCAGUGUGGUUCGUUUCCUAGCCAUUGUCUACCCAUUCAAGCACCGGAAAGUAACCAACAUGAAGUAUGCCAGGAUAAUAUGCGCAGCCAUAUGGAUCUUUGUUCUGGGAGCCUCCAGCCCUCUGUUAUGCAACAAAAUCGCUGGGUACGGCAGCCCAGCCAAGUGCUUGGACCUCCACCCCUCCAACACACACAGGCUCCUCAUGUUGAACAGCUUUGUCCUCGUCGUGGGCUUCAUUCUGCCAUUUUGCACAAUUAUUGUCUGCUACAUCAUUGCAAUUAAAGCACUGCUCAAGUCCAAGACUCCGCAGCGCAAGAAGGCGGUCUGUCACAAGAAGGCACUGUCAACCAUCAUCAUCACUCUCAUCCUCUUCCUCCUCUGUUUCCUGCCAUAUCAUAUACUGCGAACCGUCCACCUGAUGCGCAGCAACUGCAGCCAGGCCAACCUGCCCAUACACAAAGCACUGGUGAUCACUCUCUGCCUUGCUGCCAUGAACAGCUGCCUCGACCCCGUCCUCUAUUACUUCGCUGCUGAAAAUUUCAAAGCGAGAAUCAGAAGUUUGUACCGCAGGUAGCUGAUGCAGAAUUGCAAAAUGCUAUAUAUAUGGUCCUGAUGGGACAUCUAGACUGGAUCCAUACUAUUCACUGGCAGAGGCUGUGUGGUGCUAGCCAGCGUGCAGCCAUGCUGCUCACUGCCAGGCACCUCUACAGCAAAAGUGUCUUGGAAGGAGCUCAUUGGGGAUGGCCAAAACAGAGGCAGGAUGAUCAGAGGUCAGGUGCCUGGGUGUGAUCCUUGGUUCUCUUCUAUUAGUGUUCACCCUCCCCAGGAUAAGGGAUUAAAAGGGAUUUACCUUCUUGCUAAAUUCCAUUUAUUUCAUUUCAUAAUACUCAACCAGUGACUUGAAGGGAAACUGCUCACCUGACCACCUCAGUGUCUGUGUCUGAACCUCUCUGUGCUCCAUUUCCCUGUGUGUGCAGAGGUGCAUGGUUCAGACGCUGUGACACCCAACAGCUUUGUAGCGCCCUGUCAGUUCCCUUUGCAAACACAGGCCAAAAGUUGCACAUAACAGAAAUGUAAAGCAUCACUGAUAAUUUCUGCUGAGGCUGACUUACAAAGCAGGAGGCCACCGAGGUAUUUUGCUUAACUUUUCACUGAUUGUCAAGUGAGAUAAUGAUUUCAAGCAGACGGCAUCGGCGUGGAGUGCUAUGAAUAAAAUGUCUGCUGGUAGUGAGGGCAGGAUGUGGGCGCACAGAGCACUGGGCUACACGCUGCAGUCGUUCGCGUGUGUGCCAAUUCCACACCAUGCUCGGUGUUGCCCGUGCUUUUCUGAAAGCUGAGCUUAGGCAGCUCAGUCCCCAUGAAGGGAUCCAGAGACAAACUGUUAAGAUUAUUUUGGUCCAAAGGGGUAGCUAAGGAGUGGUUUCCUCUGCACAGGUAAACCAGUCUGACAGCGAACUGCUGCCAAAGACAUCCCUAACCCCUCACCUCCUGCCUGCUCUGAGGAGGAAUCUGGUUCCUUUUUUCAUAGGAUUAACUUCCAGUUGCUUUGAACUCCCUGACAUCAAAUAUGCACUGAUGCAACGGGGAAACACUGAGCCAGGACCAGGAGGAAAGAUGGGCAUCAGAGGAGGAGGAGGAGGAGGCGGAGGAGGGCUGUUUUAAAAAGUGGUGGGGAGCUACACCUAUCUGUACUUUGGAAAAUCUCACCAAAUGGCUGCUUGUAUUUUUAAGUCUCUGAAUAUUUUCUAAAAUACAUUUCCUAAAAAUCAGACCACUUGCAAUUAAGUGAAAACAUGCUACAAACUCAGUUUUACCACAUUUAGAUUUUGUUUUGAAUUACCUCAUUUUUUAAUAAAGACAUGAAGUCUUGUCAUAUUUUCCGGGAAAGCAGCCUGUUUCAUAUGAAAACUAACAAAAAUGCUAAAAACCUUCCUUUCCUGUAAAACCCAUCCAAAGGAAACUUUCUGUCAGUGAAGAUACUUUCUCAAUGCUCUGAACUUUUUUUGAGAAAGCACUCUAGAAAAUUGAAUGUCACUGCUCCCAAACAAAAAUAAUUCGUUAGCUAUUUUCAGUUCUGAAAUAUGCAGUAAAUAAAUAAUUGCUGAUCAGGUGGAAAAUUACUUAGAAAAUCACUGGGAAAGACCCAUUUCUCUUGGCAAUCUGAGGGUUAUGUUCAAUUGCAAAGUCAAUCUAUGUUGGUCACUUUAUCAUAAAUCUUCACUAAAGUUCAUGCUCCAAAUCCUUAUUUCAGUAACUCAGUGGCAUACCUGAGAGCUGACCUAAUGGUGUCAUGUGAACUCCUGCAGUACUUGUUCCCAUGAUAUUGAAGGAAAAGGGAAUAUUACCACCGGUUUGCAAUGGGAAUGGGAAUGAGAUAGUAGCCUGUGCAGAGAGAUAGUGGACAAACAAUUGGAAGGAAGGGGACAAGUUCCUUUUGUCAUGGUUUUCCCCUGACAGAAGUAGACCGGAGCAGGGACAAGUGACAAUCUUGGAGCCUCUGACAAGAUACUGUACAUCUUAAAUACUACAAGGAAACGGAAAAAAAUUAUCCACAGUCUAAUCUCACUAACGUGUUUUUGUCUAUAUCCAUUCAGUGCACCCUAUUAUCAGAUAAUUUUGCAUCUAGAGGAUAUAUGUAUCUCACUUAUAAGGUCACUUUGGUUUUUUUGUAUUGACCAUGCUACAACUUUGUUAGUAGCAAUUGAAUUAACUGUCAAACCUGUGUUUUAAUAAACUAGAUUUACUAGUUGCUGAA